AGCCACCCUAAAAAGGCACAGCGAGAGGGCGAGAUUACGAAUUUCCCUUGGCAGUCAGGCCGCGCAGUCGAGAGAGGCGCCGGCAGGCCGGGCGAGGCGCGCGAAGAAGGGGGUUACCUCGAGGGGCGCGAAGGGCCGCCCUUGCCGGGAAAGCCGCGGUUGCGCGCGCGAGGGCGCGCCUCCCUCCGCAAGCCGGCUCCGGGGUUCCGAGGCGGGAUCGGCGGCGGCUGCCCAGCCCGAUGGAGAGCAAAGCGAAAAUAACAUGUCCCCUUGUAACAGCUGUGGUGGUUGCUGUCAUUGGAUCCCUCCAGUAUGGUUACAACAUAGGAGUUAUCAAUGCUCCUGAAGAGAUUAUCAAGAGCUUUUUCAAUGACACAUGGAUAGAGCGAACAGGCACCCCUAUCUCCCAGACCCUCUUAACUUCAUUGUGGUCCCUCUCUGUGUCAAUUUUCUCAGUUGGGGGGAUGAUUGGUUCUUUUUCUGUUGGACUUUUCGUCAACCGAUUUGGCAGGCGAAACUCUAUGCUUCUGGUGAAUAUUCUGGCUAUUCUAGGUGGUGCUUUGAUGGGCUUCAGCAAACUUGCAAAGGCUGUGGAGAUGUUAAUAGUUGGACGCUUUAUUACUGGCAUCUUCUGUGGUCUCUGCACAGGCUUUGUGCCCAUGUAUAUCAGCGAAGUUUCUCCCACUGCCUUACGAGGGGCUUUUGGCACACUGAACCAGCUAGGUGUUGUUAUAGGCAUCUUGGUAGCUCAGAUCUUUGGCCUAAAUGUCAUCAUGGGAACUGAAAGUCUCUGGCCAUUGUUACUGGGCUUCAUCAUUGUCCCAGCCAUCUUGCAGUGUGCAGCACUUCCAUUCUGUCCUGAGAGCCCACGUUUCCUGCUGAUCAACAAAAUGGAGGAAGAGAAAGCACAUGCAGUUCUUCAGAAACUUCGCGGUGUCCAAGACGUUUCCAGUGAUAUCCAAGAGAUGAAAGAAGAAAGUGCCAAAAUGUCCCAAGAGAAAAAGGUGACCAUUCCCGAGCUCUUCCGCUCCCCCAGUUAUCGGCAGGCCAUCAUCAUUGCCAUUGCACUCCAGCUCUCUCAACAACUGUCGGGGAUCAAUGCGGUGAUCUAUUAUUCCACUGGAACAUUCAAAGAUGCUGGAGUGAAAGAGCCAGUCUAUGCUACCAUUGGUACUGGUGUGGUCAACACUAUAUUUACUGUUGUAUCGCUUUUCCUUGUGGAACGUGCGGGGCGCAGGACACUCCACUUAAUUGGCUUAGGAGGUAUGGCGAUCUGUGCUUCAGUCAUUACCAUCGCCUUGGCUUUAAAGAACAUUGUGAGCUGGAUGAGCUACAUCAGCAUCAUUGCUACUUUUGCUUUUGUGGCUGUGUUUGAAAUCGGUCCUGGUCCAAUCCCAUGGUUCAUUGUAUCAGAACUCUUCAGCCAGGGUCCUCGUCCUGCAGCAGUGGCAGUGGCUGGUUGCUCAAACUGGACAUCUAAUUUCCUUGUUGCCAUGCUUUUCCCUUAUGCAGCGCUGUUCAUUGGUCCGUAUGUUUUCCUCAUAUUUGUUGUCUUUCUCAUCAUCUUCUUCAUAUUUACAUUCUUCCAAGUCCCUGAGACAAAAGGCCGGACCUUUGAAGAGAUUUCUAGUGGUUUUGAAAGGCGAACAGAGAGUGGUGUUGCCUCAGCAGCAGUGGAAAAGAAUCACAUGGUGGAAUUGACAAGCAUACAGCCCACUAUAGAUGCUGCUGACAACAACAUUUAAUAUGCUCAGUUCUUGACAUUUGCUUGUUUCUGAGGAAGAUCCUUACAGGGGACAGGCUGCUAUAUCUUCUUAAAUUGCUGCUAUUUUUUCAUUUUCCUUCUGACUUCCUUGUGUCUGCCAAGAUGUUUUGCAAAGUACUAGAACAUGCAAAAUGCAUGGAAAUCUCAUUGACUUCCAGCAGUGGAAGGCAUUAUGGCAAAGAUAACUCGUUCUCUCCAACCUCUUUCUUUUCCAGUCUCUUGUUUAAGAAAUAUUGCUGAUCUCUCUCUGUCUCUUCACACUGAAAUGUUACCGGGGGGUGGGGUGUCAAGCAUAUUUAUGUGUGUACUGAUCAUUUACAGCUUUGAAACAAAAUUAUUUUCUGUGUACAAGUUAAUAGCUCCUUUGAACAUUCUUUUGAUAACGUGUUUUGUACAGUAUAGAUACAGAAGAAGAGUGUUCAAAAACACUGGAAUUUAAUAUAAAUCAGUGGAAAAAGAGGCAUACUUAUUUAUUUCAUCAAAUGGGAGUUUUCAUCACCAUUAGGAAAUGGGGAUAAAGCUACAAGGAUUAUUCUCUCUCCUUUUUGUACAAUCCAAAGUAUUUUAUUUACUAGAGUUUAUUUAUCCCUGUGUGACAUUGCUUGUAAAUAUUUAUUUUUAUGUAAAAACAAUGCUCCUGUAUAUAUGAACCAAGUAAAAUAUUUUAAGAUAGAUAUUUUAAGAGAUGAUAGUGCAGAGUUAGAAGCACUAUGGUUCUAAAGGAGUUUGGUGAUAGGCAAUGGAAUACCAAAGAGAAAAGAGUCAGGCAAGAGACAGGUACAGGGUCUGGAUGGAUGGUGCCUAUUGUAGUUAAAGGUCAAUUUUGCUUUUAGGAACACUGAUCCCUUGAAAAAAACAAAUGUUUUCUUCUAUUGUUGCUUCUGGGCUUCUCACAGUAUUUGGCGGCUGUAUUGAGUACCUGUCUUUAAGUAUUACUUGAAAAUUGUGGCGUUAAAAAUAAUUGGGAAAGUGUGAUGAGUUGUUUGCAUUCAUAAAUUACAGACUAUAGGCCAUUUUUAAUGGAUUUUGAUUAUAUGAGUAAACCUGUGGUUGCUGAUGUGUGAAAAUAUAAGAUAGGAUGUGGAACACACUUAUUUCAAGGACUGUCCUUCAAGGAUGAGAACAUGGCUCCCAAAUUGUGCAAGGCUGCCAUUUUGGGUGAGGGAUAAAAUAUCCUCUCUCUCUACAUUUGUUCUCUGAAUUUGAUGCCACUCCAUGUCAUAACCUCAUGUACAUUAAGACCCCAGAGUACAUUAUCUUGUUUCUGAAAGCUAUAUGGAGUAGGAGAUGCUUAUCUGGCCUACACUUUUGCAUUGUGAUGGAGGGGAUGGUUUGUUUUCCUGUUUCUUUUCUUUAAAAAAAAAAAAAGAAUGAAGUCUGAACACCGAAGAAGGCAAAUGAUACUUAAAAGACUGAAACAAAGCUAGGUCAUCAAUUUAAUUCUAUCUUGUCAAUUAUUUUAUUAUUAGAUGGCAAGUUCUUGAAGUGUGGAGAUGAUGGAAUAUAGAAUAGCGAUUGAAGACAUUAAACUGGAUAGUUUCAAGUAUGACUAAGAUAUAAGCCCAUAGUACUUGAAUAACCUGAAGAUAUUUCAAAUCUUUGCCAGUGGGUACAAAUGUAUAUAACUUAUUUUUCUUUCAAGUAGCAUUGUGGUAUAUAAUCUACCAUAAUAUAUAGUGUACUGAUUUGGCUAACUGUAUUCUAUAUAUUUCAUUGGAUUCAAAUUUCAGCAUAUUCAUUGGUGUUGACUGAAGCAGGCUCCCCUAUGCCUCUCAGUAGCACCUUGAACUCCUGAAAACUUUGGAAGGAAGAUUUGGAAUGCUUUGCUCAAUCAGGCGGCCUGUGAUUGGGGUGAAAGGUAUAUCCUGUCAAAUUGGAUGGAAGCACCUUUUAUGAGCAAAGUUGUAUUUGUGGAAGGUAUCCGCCUCCUUUUCACAAUUCCCUAAACUUCUUCCCAGUGCACCAUAGCCAACACAGUUUUCCAGAGCCUGGUCUAUAGAAUGCAUUUCCAGAAAGCUGGAGUGGUUGUCAUGGGGAAGAGGGCAUUCAACAUGUCUGCAUUAAUUAGCCUGGUUGCACACAUCUCAGCCUGGAUCCAACUCAUUACCAGUAUUGUUAGUGGGAUACAUUUUUAUAGGCACAGAAAUGUGAACUAGUGUAAUAUUUUGGUGCUGUCUGAGUGUGCAUGCAUAUCUGUGAAUUAACGCAUUCCAGAAAAAUGUGUGUGGUUGCGAUAAUGGUCUCUACUCCUUUCUUAACCAAUUAAGGAAAGGGAAGACAUGCCUUUUCAGGGGACUUGGGAGCUGUGGCUAUGUGUGGGUAUAGAAGAUAUGUAAUGGAAAAU